CUGCAGCUUCAAGCGAGAGAAAUUCAUGAAAAAGGUUUAAAGCUCAGGUUCGGACGUCACUAGGGAACCUCUGCUUGGGGCAAAACCAGCCAGUGCGCAUGCGUGGAACAUUCGAUCACUGGUGGCGUAGCUAGCUGCUAGGCUACGAAUCCAGCCACCAUGGAGAGGAAAGUUCUGGCACUCCAGGCAAGGAAGAAGAGGGCCAAGGCGAAAAAGACCAACAAAAAACAGCCACCAAAUGUUCGAUCUCGACAGCCACCACAACAAGAGACCUCGCCCCAGGAGCCGGAGGAACCUGAGGAGAUUCUGGGCUCGGACGAUGAGGAGCAGGAAGACCCCAACGACUACUGCAAAGGUGGCUACCAUCAUGUAAAAGUAGGAGACCUUUACAAUGGGAAAUACCAUGUAAUCCGUAAACUAGGAUGGGGACAUUUCUCAACCGUAUGGCUCGCCUGGGACAUCCAGGUUAAAAGAUUUGUUGCGAUGAAAGUUGUGAAGAGCGCAGAGCACUACACUGAGACGGCAGUGGAUGAGAUCAAACUCCUUAGAUCUGUGAGAAACUCAGACCCCGAUGACCCAAAGCGCGAAAUGGUGGUCCAGCUGCUCGACGACUUCAAGAUCUCUGGGGUCAACGGGACUCAUGUCUGUAUGGUGUUUGAGGUGUUGGGACAUCACUUGUUAAAAUGGAUUAUAAAGUCAAAUUACCAAGGGCUGCCCCUGCCUUGUGUGAAGAGCAUCAUUAAGCAGGUUCUGCAAGGUUUGGACUACCUGCACACAAAGUGUCAGAUUAUCCACACGGAUAUAAAACCAGAGAAUAUUCUGAUGAGCGUUGAUGAGCCCUACGUCCGAAAGCUUGCAGCUGAAGCUACAGAAUGGCAGCGAGCCGGAGCGCCUCCCCCCUCCGGCUCAGCAAUAAGCACAGCACCAGCCCCAAAACAGACUGUGAAAAUGUCCAAGAACAAAAAGAAGAAGUUAAAAAAGAAACAGAAGCGUCAGGCAGAGCUACUGGAAAAAUGCAUUAUGGACAUGGAGGAGAUGGAGAAGACCACAGAGACACGCAAGGAUGACGAGGAAGACAAAGAGCCACAGUCUCCCAAGGGACGAGCCUGCGCUCCUCUCAGACACGUCUCUGUUGAGGAGUUCAGAAGUGAUGAACCAGCUGAGACUCCAGAUAACAUGAGAGUGGGACCAGACGAGCCGCCAGAGGCAAACUGCAACGGCCAUGCAGAGGUGGAGGAGAGGAAGUCCAGCUGUUCAAAUGAAGACCAACACAACGGGAACGCCGAGUCUCCGGAGGAGCUACAUAAAGAGUCCCCAGUCCACACCCUGUGCAACGGUGUGGAGUCUACAGAUUUCAAUGAGCUGUACUGCGAGAUGGACGGCAGGGAGGCUCACAGCAGUGGAGUCAGUCAGAGACGCCUUCGCUCAGGGCGAGGAGAGCUUGAACGAAGUAUUUUGCAAGAUGACGAUGAACAGGACGAGACUGAGGGCCAUUACAGAAUCCAUGAAGGCCUGAGAAACGACAAGUUAACAGCGGGAUCCCUUUUAGUUAACCCUCUUGAGCCAGGCAAUGCAGAGAAGAUCAAGGUCAAGAUUGCAGACCUGGGAAAUGCUUGCUGGGUGCAUAAGCACUUUACAGAAGACAUCCAGACUCGACAGUACCGAUCCUUAGAGGUGCUCAUCGGUGCAGGAUACAGCACACCAGCUGACAUAUGGAGCACAGCCUGCAUGGCCUUUGAGCUCGCCACUGGUGAUUAUCUGUUUGAACCUCAUUCUGGUGAAGAUUAUUCCAGGGAUGAAGACCACCUCGCUCUUAUGAUUGAGUUACUUGGUAAAAUCCCUCGCCACUAUGCACUGAGUGGGAAAUACUCGCAGGAAUACUUCACCAAGAGAGACCACAUAGCGCUGAUCAUUGAGCUGCUGGGGAGUGUCCCACGCAAACUCAUAAUGAGCGGCAAAUAUUCCAAGGAUUUUUUCACCAAGAAAGGUGAGUUGAAACACAUCACCAAACUGAAGCCGUGGGGUUUGCUGGAGGUCCUGGUGGAGAAAUACGAGUGGCCCCGCGAGGAAGCAGAGUGUUUCUCCGACUUCCUACUUCCCAUGCUGGAGCUGGUCCCAGAGAAAAGAGCCACGGCUGCAGAAUGCUUGUGCCACGCCUGGCUCGCCCUCUAGUGGACAUGUUCAGGCGUUGCACCUCCCCUCCCUCCCAAUUCCUUAAGAGACUGCAACAGAUCACUUUCCACUUUGGGCAUAUCAAAUGAAUAUUUAUUUCUCUUUUUUUUGUUGUUGUUUUAUUGUUUUGGAUUUCUUAUGUUCUUGUUCAGCUUUUGCUUCUGUGUACGUUUGCUUUGUGUUUGUCCGUUCUCCUCUCGGCGUGACGUCAGGAAUCCGGUGGAUUUAUUAUUUGAUGUCGGCUCCAGCUGCUGGGCUCCGUUUAACCCACCCAACCAAGAGCAAAAGUCUCAAUGUUCUGCUAGUGAAAGCAUCCUUGUUUGUUACACUCCUGCACUAAAACUCAAAACAAGUCAAGGAUAUGUAGCCUUUUUUUCUUUUCUCUGUUCCCUCAAAAGGACUUACUUUCGCUUACAUUUUCAUUAGUGCUGUUACUUUUUAUAAAAAUGAUUUUUUUCCCCUUUUAUCUCUCUGGGGGUAUAAAGUUUGUAUUUGUAAAGUAGGUUGAGAAAGUUGCACACUGGGCUGACAUUUACACUGACUGUGGUUUAUUUUUUAAGGCCCCCUAGAGUCUUUCUGACACUAUCAUUAAGUAGGUCAUAUUUAGCCAUAACAAACCUAAUGUCACCUGGUAUUUGGAAAGUAUGUAAUAAAAAAAAUUAGAUUGAUUGUUCUCAUGGGAGGCUGGUAUUCUCAUACACCUAUUACAAUUCAGGUUUAGGGGGGUAAAAGGUUUCAGUGAGAGAAAAUGUUAAAGCCCAAUUAAAUGGAGGGAAAAAAAAGAAAAUAAACUGUAUAUAUCUGUACCAAAGAGUUUGCCUUUAUGUAUAUUACAGUUAUGUACAGUUUUUAACAAAUCUUAUAUCUUAGCUAAAAUGAUUUAGCUGGGUAGCUGUGUUUUAAUAAAGUGUAUGGAAGAUGUGUUUGAGCUCGGUUGUAUGUAUGGCCAACUGUUGAGUAAUAAUUUACCUGUUUUUAAAUAUAGAGUCGGUGAGAUCUGAUGUUUUGUGAUGGUGUAGCGAACCGAUCAUAUCAAAGUAAGCUAUGUUAUCUGCUGAGACCUAAAGGUAAAAACGUACAAUUUACAUUAGCGUCACAUUCAAAAACAUAGACUGUUUUUGUUGUUUAAAGACGAACAUGUAAAACACACCAUUCAAUAAAAGAACAGAUCUUCAUGCAGUACGG